GGCCGGCGUUUCAAAGGAAGAUUAUGAUGACUGACAGCAUGAAGCUUUGACUUCAGAAACAGACAGUUGGCAUACUAUAAAUAUUGAUUGGCCUUAAGCUGACUAGCAACCAUAGUGAAGAAGCAUCACAGGAGUUCUUUCUUCCCUAGUUACCUUAUAUCACAAAAUCAAUCAUGUAUGGAAGCGCUCGGUCAGUUGGUAAAAUUGAGCCAAGCAACCAGAGUCCUGGGCGUUCACCAAGACUGCCACGAUCGCCACGGCUGGGCCAUCGUCGAACCAACAGUACGGGAGGCAGCUCUGGAAGUAGUGCUGGGGGUGGCAGUGGCAAAACACUUUCUAUGGAAAAUAUCCAGUCCUUAAAUGCUGCUUAUGCCACUUCAGGCCCUAUGUACCUAAGUGACCAUGAGAAUGUGGGUGCAGACACGCCUAAAAGCACCAUGACUCUUGGCCGAUCUGGGGGGCGUCUGCCUUAUGGUGUAAGGAUGACUGCUAUGGGUAGCAGUCCCAACAUUGCCAGCAGUGGGGUUGCCAGUGAUACUAUUGCAUUUGGAGAGCAUCACCUUCCUCCUGUGAGCAUGGCGUCCACAGUGCCUCAUUCACUGCGGCAAGCUAGGGACAAUACUAUAAUGGACCUGCAGACACAGCUCAAGGAAGUGUUGCGGGAAAAUGAUAUACUGCGCAAGGAUGUAGAGGUGAAAGAAAGCAAACUUAGUUCCUCAAUGAAUAGUAUCAAGACAUUUUGGAGUCCUGAGCUAAAGAAGGAAAGAGCCUUGAGGAAAGAUGAAGCAUCCAAGAUAACUAUUUGGAAGGAACAGUAUCGAGUAGUGCAAGAAGAAAACCAGCAUAUGCAGAUGACAAUUCAGGCUCUUCAAGAUGAACUUAGGAUCCAGAGGGACCUGAACCAGCUUUUCCAGCAAGACAGCAGUGGUAGACCUAAUGAACCUUUUGUAGCAGAACUUACAGAGGAAAACUUUCAGCGGCUGCAUGCAGAGCAUGAACGCCAGGCCAAGGAACUCUUCUUGUUACGCAAAACUUUGGAAGAAAUGGAGCUGCGCAUUGAAACUCAGAAGCAAACCUUAAAUGCUCGUGAUGAGUCCAUCAAAAAGUUAUUAGAAAUGUUGCAGAGCAAAGGGCUGUCUGCAAAAGCCACAGAGGAGGAUCAUGAGAGGACCAGACGGUUGGCAGAGGCAGAGAUGCACGUCCACCACCUGGAGACCUUACUAGAACAGAAGGAAAAGGAAAACAACUUGCUAAGAGAAGAGAUGCAUCGUCGUUUUGAAAAUGCUCCUGACUCAGCCAAGACUAAAGCUUUGCAGACUGUUAUAGAAAUGAAGGACUCUAAGAUCUCCUCCAUGGAGCGUGGACUCAGAGAUCUGGAAGAAGAGAUCCAGAUGUUGAAAUCGAAUGGAGCACUCAGCACAGAAGAACGCGAGGAAGAAAUGAAACAAAUGGAAGUGUAUCGUAGCCAUUCCAAAUUCAUGAAAAAUAAGGUAGAGCAACUGAAGGAAGAGCUAAAUGCCAAAGAGGCUCAAGGGGAAGAGCUGAAAAAGAGAGUGGCUGGUCUUCAGACUGAGAUUGGUCAAGUGAAACAGGAGCUGUCACGCAAAGACACUGAACUGCUGGCCUUACAGACAAAGUUGGAAACUCUCACAAACCAGUUUUCUGAUAGCAAACAACACAUUGACGUCCUCAAAGAGUCCCUCACAGCUAAAGAGCAGAGAGCUGCCAUUCUGCAAACAGAGGUGGAUGCUCUACGGUUACGUCUGGAAGAAAAGGAGACAAUGCUCAAUAAGAAGACUAAGCAGAUCCAGGAGAUGGCUGAAGAAAAAGGAACUCAAGCUGGAGAGAUUCAUGACCUCAAGGAUAUGUUAGAUGUGAAAGAACGCAAAGUAAAUGUUCUUCAGAAAAAGAUUGAAAAUCUUCAGGAACAGUUAAGAGACAAGGAGAAACAGAUGAGCAGUUUAAAAGAGAGAGUAAAAUCCUUGCAGGCUGAUACCACCAACACUGAUACUGCCUUGACCACACUGGAGGAAGCACUUGCAGAGAAGGAGCGUACUAUCGAGCGCCUGAAAGAGCAGCGUGACAGAGAUGAACGAGAAAAACAGGAGGAGAUUGACAACAAUAAGAAAGAUAUUAAGGAUCUAAAAGAGAAAGUCAGCACGCUGCAAGGAGAUCUGUCAGAGAAAGAGGCUGCAUUGCUGGACCUGAAGGAGCAUGCCUCAUCUUUAGCAUCAUCAGGAUUGAAGAAAGACUCUAGGUUGAAAUCACUUGAAAUUGCCUUGGAACAGAAAAAGGAAGAAUGUUUGAAACUGGAAUCUCAGCUAAAAAAGCAUCCUGAAGUCUUAUUGAGUCACCCAUCCAAGCCAGCUCAUGAAGCAACCCUGGAGGCAAGGGCCAGUCCAGAGAUGAGUGACCGAUUCCAGCAGUUAGAGAGAGAAGUGGCACGGUAUAGGGAAGAAUCCACUAAGGCUCAAGCAGAGGUGGAUCGUCUGCUGGAAAUCCUGAAGGAGAUGGAAAAUGAGAAAAAUGAUAAAGAUAAAAAGAUAGCAGAACUGGAAAGCCUCACUUCAAGGCAAAUUAAAGAUCAGAAUAAAAAGGUAGCAAAUCUGAAGCACAAAGAACAAGUGGAGAAAAAAAAGAGUGCACAGAUGUUGGAAGAAGCUAGGCGGCGGGAGGACAAUCUUAAUGACAGUUCUCAGCAACUGCAGGACAAUCUACGUAAAAAAGAUGAUCGGAUUGAGGAGCUGGAAGAAGCACUAAGAGAGAGUGUGCAAAUAACAGCAGAGCGGGAAAUGGUACUGGCACAAGAAGAAUCAGCCAGGACACAUGCUGAAAAACAGGUAGAAGAGUUGAUGAUGGCUAUGGAAAAAGUGAAACAAGAACUAGAAUCAAUGAAAGCAAAGCUCUCCUGUACCCAACAGUCUCUGGCUGAGAAGGAAACCCACUUGACCAACUUGCGGGCUGAGAGGAGGAAACAUUUGGAGGAGGUCCUGGAGAUGAAACAAGAAGCCCUUCUGGCUGCCAUUAGUGAAAAAGAUGCCAACAUUGCUUUGCUGGAGCUCUCUUCCUCCAAGAAAAAAACCCAAGAUGAAGUGGCUGCCCUAAAACGAGAGAAAGACCGCUUGGUGCAACAGCUAAAGCAACAGACACAAAAUCGCAUGAAAUUGAUGGCAGAUAACUAUGAUGAUGACCACCUCAAAUCGUCAUCUCAUUCCAACCAAACUAAUCAUAAACCCUCCCCAGAUCAGGUAAUUCAGCCUCUUUUAGAUCUUGAUCAGAAUCGCAGCAAGUUGAAGUUGUAUAUUGGACAUUUGACAGCCCUGUGCCAUGACCGGGACCCCCUGAUUCUCCGUGGACUCACCCCGCCUGCAUCCUACCACCUGGAUGAUGACCAUGCAGCUUGGGAGAAGGAGCUGCAGAAGAUGACGAUGGAGCAGCUUAAUGAUGAGCUGGAGAAAGGUGAGAGGGACAGUGCAGAGCUACAAGAGUUUGCCAAUGCCAUUCUACAGCAGAUAGCCGAUCACUGCCCUGACAUCCUGGAGCAAGUUGUCAAUGCCCUCGAGGAAUCGUCAUGACCAGAACCGAUGCAAGGCCUCCCAGGAGAAGCAUGCCCAGGGGCUGAGCCCAGCCCGUCCAAGGAGUCAUGGGGAUGAAGAAAAGCAAGAGGGGAGAGACCAGGACAGGAACUUUUGGUGCACCUUUUUAUAAAAACAAAAACUGAACUGAACUGGUAUCUCAGCUCUUCCAGUCUAGAAGUUCUGAAUCAUGCCUGCAUUCAUCUUCUCACUGCCUUUUUAACUUUGGAAUACGCCUCCCAGUUCCUUUUCCUGCUGGCUUUUGGGAUGUGUCGGCUCAAAGAUUUGCUGGGCCCAGUAAACGCGGGAGUGGCAAUAUUUUGGACACAGCUAGUUCUGGUGGCUCACUGGGUGCUGGUGAUGGAGCACUUGCCUUCACUUUAUUUCCCAGUUGGAUGGUGGAAGCUGAGCAUGCUCCAGUAGUGGCCAACACCAGUUUAGUUAGCUCACAGUUGGCUGCCUGUGUCUGCACAAAUGUUUUACUUCGAAAGGGGAAGUUCUCACAGAGGGAGAAUACCCCUUGUUCUUGACAGUCGUGGCAGAUAAGCAAAGAUGCAGAAUGUUAUUGUGUAGCAUCUUCUUCAUACCAGGAGCUGCAUUUUUGUUUACCAUAUGGGCCCUGAAAUGCUGGCCACUGUUUCAUUUAGCUGGCUUCCCUUAUCUGGCCAUUCGUAGUCAUUAUCUCCUCUGUGUAUCUUUGCAUUCUCAUUUAUAGGAUGCUUUCUUCUUUCUUGACUUUUUAAACAGUUUCUAGUUUUACUUCUUGAACCGUACCUAGUAAUUGGGUACUAAAUAUGGUCACACCUAAUGCUUUACCUUCCCUAGCACCCACUGGCUGAUUAGUGAGUCCAAAAUAAUUUAUCUAAACGGCAUCCUGUUCACAAAAGCCAAAUUAACGGCCUGGAUAGGAAUCUGAAUAUUUGUACGUUUUGCACUAACUGUGAACAUAGUUUUAUGCCUGUGCAGUGUACUGGUUUUAUGCGUAGUGUCAUUCUGCAGGUAUUCAGCAGAGUAAUGCUGGUGUCACUGUGUUCUUCCUUAGAGGAACUAAUUCUUUCUGUAGAUUCUCAGAGUUGAUAGUACCUUUAGAGCCAAUAAGAGAGAAGUGGUCAGGAACUAAGAAGAAGUAGAGGAAAGAUUGCCCACUCUUAAGUUGUUUUUCUUAACUGUUUUGCCUCUGUACUCAUUGUCCUACUCACCAUGUUUGGUUUUCCCAGCUUAAGCAUCUCAUAGAUGGAAGUUCCCACAAUGUAGUUCCCUUGACCCUGCAUUCCAGGUUGGUAAGGCAGACACUCUGAAGGCUUUUUUCCACCUGAUUUCAGAGGCCAUACCAAAUGUAUCAAAGAAUUCUUUCCACUUUCUUGUAUUUUACUCUCUUCCACUUGUAUUCCCCCCCCAAAAAAAACAAAAACAAACUGGCAACUCAUAUCCUAGGACAUCACUGAUUUUUUUAUAUAUAUAGAAAGGAAGGUAAUCUCUGAAAACUAGCACUCACUAUUAUAGUACUGGCAUUUUAUUGUAAAGGGAUGCAAGGGGGCCAUCCGGUGCCAAUUUGUUUUAGUGAUGUUCAGCUUCUUACUUAAUGUAGCAGCUGUACUUGAGAAAGGAGGUGCAAGGUAAGUAAGCUUACUUUGUCUUCUCCCUGGGGUGUUCUAAUGAGAAGUUUAUGUUGCACCUUCAUGGAUUUUGGAGAUCAGGGGUGGUAGUUUUAGAACUAAUAACCUGUGGCUGAUGCUUUUUGUCACAGAGCAAUAAAAUGGGUGGUGGUGGGGAGACCUGAUUGUUCCCAAGGUCGAAAUUGCCUUUACCGGAAGGCAUGUAGACAGUGACUGUACAUACCACUGAGCCAUGCCUCAUACCAAAGCCACGCCUUUGGCCCUAUUGUUUGAAUCAGCGCAUUUUGAUCAGAGCUUCUGUUUGGAAAUCCUCCCUUCUAGCUUGUUCUUCUUCAUCCCUAAUUACUCACUGUAGGAAUUUAAUGCUGCCUGUAAAACUAUCACAACCCUUCAGGCCUAACAUCUUCCCACCACCACCACUCCCUGGCUAUCCCAUUAAGUUAUAUGGUUGGGUCUCCAGCUGCCCUUGUUCCCUGCUGUAAAACAAUCCACUCUCUCUGUGGGAGAAGCUGUGGAAUUUUCCUUAUCGGUGGUUGAAAUGACUGGAGCUUGUAAACCUCUUAUGUGAGAUGCUUCUUGAUAGCAUUUGCUUUGGUGAAGAGUAGGGAGGGGAGCCGGUCAGAGAUAGUCGCUUGUGGUUGCUGCCUCAUCCCCAUGUGUUUAUUGCACUGCCCAUAUAUUGCAGUUCUCUGUCCUAGUAUUUCUGGAGCCUUUAACUCAGCUGCCACCAUGUGGCUGUGCUACUGCAAACACACACACACACACACACACAAAACCCUGGAAUUGCUUCAGCAGACACAUGCCCUUCCCAGCAAUGCAAUGACUGCAAUGAAAUGGUGAUAACACCCAUUGUUUACACUCUGCUCCACUCACAGCAUGUUUUCUGGAAGGAUUUGUGGAGCAAAGCCAGUUCCCACGCUGGCCAUUUGGUUGCUGUUUGAGCCGUUCCCCCUCCAUCUCCAAAUCUGGAAUAUGUCUGUCUUGCAACUUCUCCCUAUUCCCCCCACACACACACACACACAAAAGUACAACUCUUCCACCUCAUUCUGUGACUACACUAGAGCCCAUUCUAAGCCUAUCAGUAAAGAGGUUUCAGAGAAAGAGAGAGAGAGAGAGACUAAGCAAUAUUUUACCUAACAGCUGAGCAUAUUUAGCUUUAUCAUUGAUGAACCAUUGUGGAUAGUCCUCUUGAUGCUGUUGGUGUAGUAGUGAUGCCUCACCAUAUUUCUUUAGGAACUAUGAGGCCUCAAGUACAAGGCUUUGAUCAUGUUGGUGGGGUUGAACAUGACCUGUUUCAACUUCUUUCCUUUAAUGUAGAACAUUAGACAACUAACUUCCUUGGAAGUCAAGUUGACAUUGACUUCACUAUGAGAUGGUGUACCAGCAUGCUCAAGUGAGAAGGGAUGCUAGAUAUAUGUGGCCAUCUGAUUGCCAGGACAACAGUCAUUGCUGUUUGUUCCUGUGACAAGUAAGAUUCAUCACCUCUGUUCAGUAAAGAUGGCUCUGGACAAUUGUUCCACAAUUGUAUCAUUUUGAUUGCUUUGCUCCUGAGUCCAGUAUUCAAGAAUAUCCUCUUAUCAAUGAAUUCCAACAUACCUCUUGCCACAUUGAGUUUUAUUUGCAGGUUUGUAAUGAGCCUGGCUUUGUUUAAGGAGUGUAUGUUUCCUGUUUCAAGCUAUAAUAAUGUUAAUUUGUUAAGCAUCAAAAAGUUUUGUAAACUGCAGGAAUCCUCCAUAGAAGAGGGAAAUGGGACAGUUCAUCUUACUUUGUGUGAGAGAAAUCAGAAAAUUCGUUGACGUGCUGAUUGAAAAUCUUAGUGAUCGUCAAGAAUGCAAGGCCGAAUGGUAAUCCUGAUAUAAACAAUACUUCAACCGUGGAAUUGCAUAAUGACACUAGCUACCAACAUUUAAGGAAAGAAUUAAUGAAGGUACAUCUAGAGGAAAUUGGUCUGUUACAGUUAUUGUGGUCAUUUAAUUGUUUUUUCACUCAGCAAUGCCAAAUGCUCUCUGGAAUGCUCUCUGGAAAUCCUAAACCUCAACUACAACUUGAUGAAUGACAUUAUGAUGAGACACUAUAAGGUAUGCCAUCAAAUAUCAUUUAGAGAAGGGAAAAACUCAAUCAGGUAUAGCUCCAGGAAACUUUUCAUCUAAGGGAAUUUUCUCUGUUUAUUUUGUGAGCGAAUGGUGAAUAUUUUGUCAUGGAAGUUUUAGACAACUGUUUCUAUCCAUUCUGAUAUUUAGGGGGUACUCAAGAAAAUUCUUGUAUCUUGAAAAAAAAAGUUAAUGAAACACCAUUUUCCCACUGUCUCGUACCUUGUUGCGCUUGAGUGCCAUGGAAAUUUUCUUAUCAAAAGGUAGUGGGAUGGCUUUUUUGAAUAUUGGUUUCUGUCUUAAGUAUAGUUUUCCUGACAUCACUAUAGUAUAAGUUCUUGCAGUGACUUUAUGAAGUAUCUUUCUGUCAAAGUGCUUGGGUUUUGAAGGAAUCCUUUCAGAAAACCUAGCAGCAAAAGAAAUGGAAAGCAGAGUUCCCUAUAUUUAAUAACACUGCCCCAACAAAGCUAGUGGGGUGGGAAUGUUUUGGGGCUGCCAGUGGGUGUUUUGGG